GGGGCGGGCCCGCAGAGCGGGGUGGGGCGGGGCCGCUGGGCGCGGGGCAGGCUGGGGGCCGGCGCGCGGGCUGCCGGGAACGGGGCGGAGCGCGGCCGCGCCGGCGCGUCGAGGGGGAGAGGUAGUCGCCGCGAUGGACGUGUUCCUCAUGAUCCGGCGCCACAAGACCACCAUCUUCACGGACGCCAAGGAGUCGAGCACCGUGUUCGAGCUGAAGCGCAUCGUCGAGGGCAUCCUCAAGCGGCCGCCCGACGAGCAGCGGCUGUACAAGGACGACCAGCUCCUGGACGACGGCAAGACACUGGGCGAGUGUGGCUUCACUAGUCAAACAGCACGGCCGCAGGCCCCAGCCACUGUGGGGCUGGCCUUCCGAGCAGAUGAAGCGUUCGAAGCCCUGCGCAUCGAGCCCUUCUCCAGCCCACCCGAGCUGCCCGACGUGAUGAAGCCGCAAGACUCAGGAAGCAGCGCCAAUGAACAAGCCGUGCAGUGAGAGGGCCCUUGGGCCCAUCCCCCAAUGCCCCAUCCUCCCCAAUAAAAGAAUUGGGUGUCCA